GCAAACGGACAGAGUACCUACCUGGGCAUGGGGCAUGUAAGUGAUGUAUUGACCGUAGGUAUUAACGACGCAAAGAACCAACCGACUAUUUUAGAAGAGUCACAGCCAAGGUACAACAUACAAGAGAUGUGCUCCCCAGGUAUCGCCAAAGGCCCGCCGAAUGCAAAAACUUUAUACACAAAAAUUGCGCACGAAUUAAACCCGACGGCUGAUUUAUCGAGGAGCCGCAACCACACAACAUCCAAAUUAUCCGGUAUUGACCAAAUGACCUUCAAGUGUUACUGCAUUUCGGUACAACAAUUGCCAAGUUCACUUACUUUUCGGCAAUGACCUCCACCACCACACUUUUGUCCGGUCCGUUCCCAAACAACAAAGAAAUCGCAAAUUGUGCAAAAAAUCUAAUUGCAACCUGGAAUUUGCCCGCCGACUUGGACAAGA